AUGGACUCACAUAAUCAAACUGCUAUCACAGAAUUUCUCCUCCUGGGACUGUCUGAUGACCCAGACCUGCAGCCCAUCCUCUUUGGGCUGUUCCUGUUCCUGUAUCUGGUCACAGUGCUCGGAAAUCUGCUCAUCAUCCUGGCUGUCAGCUCUAAUCCCCACCUCCACACCCCUAUGUACUUCUUCCUCUCCAAUCUCUCCUUCACUGACAUCUGUUUCAGCACCAGUACCAUCCCCAAGAUGCUGGUGAACCUCAAGAGACAGAACAAGGCCAUCAGUUAUGCAGGAUGCCUCACUCAGGCCUGCUUCGUGUUAAUGUUUGCUGGGUUGGAAAACUUCCUGCUUGCAGCAAUGGCCUAUGAUCGUUAUGUGGCCAUCUGCCAUCCUCUGAGCUACACGGUCAUCAUGAACCCUUGCCUGUGUGUGGCAUUAAUCCUAGUCUCCUUGUCCAUUAGUGUUGGGGAUGCCCUCCUUCACAGUCUGAUGAUCUUACGUCUGUCCUUCUGCACAGAUCUCACCAUCCCCCACUUCUUCUGUGAACUUGACCAGGUUCUCAAGCUCUCCUGCUCUGACACCCUGGUCAAUAACAUCCUGGUAUACACAGUGACCACUCUAUUGGGUGGGGUGCCUCUCAUUGGAAUUCUUUUCUCUUAUAUUAAAAUUGUCUCCUGUCUUCUGCGAAUGCCAUCUUCAGCUGGGGCCACAUCAAAAGCUUUCUCCACCUGUGGGUCUCACCUCUCUGUAGUCUCCUUGUUCUAUGGAACGGCUUUUGGGGUGAACAUUAGUUCUGCAAUUAUGGACUCAUCCAGGAUGAUUGCAGUGGCUUCACUGAUGUACACGGUGGUCCCUCCCAUGAUGAACCCAUUUAUCUACAGCCUGAGAAACAGAGAUAUUAAGGAAGCCUUGAAGAAGUUUAUCAGAACAUUCACAUGA